AUGGGUGGCACAGGCAAGACAACACUUGCUAGAGCCUUCUAUAACUUGAUGUCUUCUCAAUUUGAAGGUAGUAGCUUUCUUGCAAAUGUUAAAGAUAUUUCUAGAGACAAAAAAGAUGGUCUAAAAUCCUUACAAGAACAACUUCUAUCAGAGACUUUGAAGGGAAAGUGUACAGAAAUAAAUGAUGUCCAUGGUGGAAUGAACAUGAUAAGUAGUAGGCUAUGUGGUAAAAAGCUUCUUGUCGUUAUUGAUGAUGUAGAUCACUUGGACCAACUAAAAAAACUAGCUGGAAAACUUGAAUGGUUUGGUUUAGGGAAUAGAAUCAUCAUUACUACCAGAGAUGAAACUACAGGUCAUGAUGAAGCUCUUCAACUGUGUACUUGGAAUGCCUUCAAAGGUGUUUGUCCUUAUGAGGAUUAUGUAAACUUGUUUGAACAAGUGAUAGAGUAUGCUAAUGGCCUUCCUUUAGCUCUUGAAGUUUUGGGUUCCUUUUUAUGUGGGAAAAGUGUAAAUGAAUGGAAAAGUGAAUUGGACAGGCUGAAAAAGUACCCCAAGAAAGAGAUUGUUGAUGUACUUCGAAUAAGUUUUGAUCAACUUGAGGAUACAGAUAAAAAUAUAUUCCUCGAUAUUGCUUGCUUUUUCAAUGGAAGUGACAAAGAUUAUGUUAUGAAAGUAUUGGAUAGUUGCAUUUUCUAUCCAGAAAUAGGCAUUCGAAAUCUUAUUGAUAAAUCUCUUUUGAGCAUUAGAGACAACGAGUUUUGGAAGCGUGAUUUAUUGCAAGAGAUGGGUUGGAAAAUUGUGUGUGACAAAUCCAAUAAUAAGCUUGGAAGACAAAGUAGGAUACGGAAUUUUGCAGAUUUAUUACAAGUUUUGAUUAAUAAUAUGGAGCCGGAAGAAGUUGAGGCCAUUGUAUGCAACAUGUUUGAUUUACCAUAUUCAACAAAAUUCGAUUUUGAAGACUUUCGGAAAAUGAAAAAGCUAAGACUGCUCAUACUAGGUAAAAAGGACUCUGGAUGGACUGUAGAAACAUUCUCGACAAAAAUCGAUUAUCUUUCUAAUGAGUUGCGGAAGGACUUCAGUGUAGUUGCAAAUCUAGAGGAGUUGAAACUUAGUGGAUGCUGGGGAUUGUUGGAGAUCGACCCAUCCAUUACAUCUCUUGCAAACCUUACUUUAUUAGACCUCUCUUAUUGCAUUAGUCUUAAGAAUUUGCCAGCAAGUGUAUCUGGUUUGAUAUCUCUUCGAGUUCUCGACCUUUAUGGUUGUUCAAAGCUUCGCAAAUUACCAGAAGACAUAGGGGAUUUAAAGGGUUUGGAAGAGCUUGACUUGAGACACACUACAAUAUGUGAAUUUCCACCCUCCAUUGCUCUCUUGGAAAACCUUAAAACACUAAAUUGUGGUAAUCGCUUUCCACCGACAUUACUGGGUCUUAUCAAAUUUGCAAUAAUAGGAGGAAACGCCAAACUUGGAAAUACAAUCAAUAUGAUUGUUGGCAAGGGUUUAUCCUCGGUUGGUCUUUGUUCUUUGAAAACGUUGAAAAUAAGUGACUGCAAUUUAGGAGAAAUUCCUGAAGAAAUUGGCAGUUUAGUUUCUUUAGAGGAGUUGGAUUUAAGUUAUAACCAUUUCAUUAGCCUGCCUGCCAGUAUCAGUGCACUUUCCAAGCUCAAAAAUUUAAUAUUGUUUCGUUGUGAAUCGCUUCGAUCAUUGACAGAGCUUCCAUCUGGUCUAGAAUUUGUAGUGGCUAAUGGUUGUACUUCAUUAGAAACAUUCUUAAAUCCAUCAAACCAGUGCAACUUGCGAUGUUCAACAUUUUGCAUUGGAUGCCUCAAAUUAUCAAGGAAGCAAGACAGUGAAAGGACCAUAUUUACUUCAUUGAAAACAUACCUUCAGGUCUUCUCUAAAUUUCUCUCUUCUUAUAUUUGA